AUGGGAGACACUGUCAGCAGAGACGAGGGGAAAUACUGUCAGCAGAGACGAGGGGAAACACUGUCAACAGAGACGAGGGCAGACACUGUCAACAGAGACGAGGGGAAACACUGUCAACAGAGACGAGGGCAGACACUGUCAACAGAGACGAGGGCAGACACUGUCAACAGAGACGAGGGCAGACACUGUCAACAGAGACGAGGGCAGACACUGUCAACAGAGACGAGGGCAGACACUGUCAACAGAGACGAGGAGAGACACUGUCAACAGAGACAAGGGGAGACACUGUCAGCAGAGACGAGGGGAAACACUGUCAGCAGAGACGAGGGGAAAUACUGUCAGCAGAGACGAGGGGAAACACUGUCAACAGAGACGAGGGCAGACACUGUCAACAGAGACGAGGGGAAACACUGUCAACAGAGACGAGGGCAGACACUGUCAACAGAGACGAGGGGAAACACUGUCAGCAGAGACGAGGGGAAACACUGUCAGCAGAGACGAGGGGAAACACUGUCAACAGAGACGAAGGGAAACACUGUCAACAGAGACGAGGGGAAACACUGUCAACAGAGACGAGGGGAAACACUGUCAACAGAGACGAGGAGAGACACUGUCAACAGAGACGAGGGGAGACACUGUCAACAGAGACGAGGGGAGACACUGUCAACAGAGACGAGGGGAAACACUGUCAACAGAGACGAGGGGAAACACUGUCAACAGAGACGAGGGCAGACACUGUCAACAGAGACGAGGGCAGACACUGUCAACAGAGACGAGGGCAGACACUGUCAACAGAGACGAGGAGAGACACUGUCAACAGAGACGAGGGCAGACACUGUCAACAGAGACGAGGAGAGACACUGUCAACAGAGACAAGGGGAGGCACUGUCAACAGAGACGAGAGGAAGCACUGUCAACAGAGACGAGGGAGACCUAACAGAGACGAGGGGAGAUACUAAGAGAGUCGAGGGGACUGUUACCAGGCCGAGGGGAGAGACUGCGUACCGGGAGGGGAGGCAGCGAGCGACGGUUGGAGAGAACAGAGAAAGAGGGGAGCUGUGA